AUGGUCUACUCGUCUCCGCUGGGGCAGACCAACACGUCUCCUAGUGCCACUUGCCGUGGUGACGCAGUUUCACCAGCCAACCACACCAACUCGUCUCGCCUCGGCGACUGCAACUGCAACUGCAACUGCUUGGCUCCGGCCGGUAACUACGUAAUUGGAAAGCUCACAACCGGACUUGUUAGGAAAGCAGACGAGGCGAAGAGUCCAGAAGAGAGAAGCGAUCAAACCGCCACCAUACCGCCUGCCCAGGACCGUAAGAAUGGAGGGGAAUGUGCAGAACGGUGUUGGACGAUGCACAAAGCCACACGGACAGACAGACAUACAUGCAAAUAG